AUGCCUGGCACUACGGUGGAUGGGCCAACAGUGGCCAUGUCCUUUGCCAACAAUUUCUGGGGCAAAGACGACGCCGGUGUGAUCCCUUUAUUGGAACGAAUGCAUAAUGCUAAAGUUACAUGUGAUGAAAUAAAAUCGUUCUAUAAUACUCGCGCCGCAAUCGAGGAUGAAUACGCACGGAAGUUGCUCGCACUUUGCCGUAAGCCGCUCGGCUCAAACGAGACCGGCACCUUACGCCUUUCACUUGACGUUGUGCGAGGCGAGACCGAAGCCAUUGCAAAGGCACAUGCUGCUAUCUCGCAACAGAUGAAAACCGAACUAGAAGAGCCUCUAGCAGCAUUUGCUGGCGGUAUGAAAGAGCGACGAAAGAUAGUCCAGAACACCGUUGAGAAGCUUUUGAAGGUCAAGAAUCAACAGACACAUUCAGUGAACAAGGCGAGAGAUCGAUAUGAGCAAGAUUGCUUGAGGAUCAAAGGCUACCUAGCACAGGGCCACAUGGUCAUGGGGCAGGAAGAGCGAAAGAAUAAAGCAAAGCUUGAAAAGACACAAAUCCAACUGGCAUCAAAUAGCAACGAGUACGAAGCAGCAGUGAAGGUCCUUCAAGAGACGACGGGUCGUUGGAACAAAGAAUGGAAGGCUGCCUGUGAUAAAUUCCAAGAUCUUGAAGAAGAGAGACUCGAUUUCACAAAGAGCAGUUUGUGGGCUUAUGCAAAUAUUGCUUCGACUGUUUGCGUUAGCGACGAUGCGUCCUGCGAGAAAAUUCGGGUUUCAUUGGAAGAUUGUGAAGUCGAGAAGGACAUUGGUAGUUUCAUCAAAGAACGCGGUACUGGACAAGAGAUACCUGAUGCACCUCGAUUCAUCAAUUUCGCCCGCGGAGACAUCAAUGAUACCAGUUCAGAAGCUUCAGACGAGGACAAUUAUUCUGUUGCACAGUUCCAGAGAGCGAUUAAUCCAGCCUUCCGGAGCUCUUCGCCCCAACCAUCGACCUACGAAUCGCAUCAUGAUCCAAGCUCAGAGUUGGCUGCUCAGAUGGGCCUACCCAGUGCCACCCGUACAGAGAGUAGAGAGCCGGCGAUGACUCCUCAGAGCCCGAACCCUCAACCACUGCCACCGAGUCAGCCAGCCCAGCCAGUCCAGCCUUUACAGCCUGCUGAACCGGUGCAGCCUUCUCCUCUGGAUCUUCGACGCGGGGUUCAAUUACCACCCAAUUAUGAUCCCAAUCAGCAUGGUGAAAUCGGGAAUGUGCCUCACAACUCUUAUCCUACUGACGGAAUGACGAUGUUCUGUCGCACCGGACCUCCAUCUGAGCGUAGUUCAGGGACUAGCGCAUACAGGCCUUCUAGUCGAGAGGAUAGUCAAAGCGACAUCUCCAAUCCUACAUCAUUCUCGAGUCAAGAACCGCCUAGCGGCAAACAGUCACCAGUCAAACCAACUAAUGGCGUUGCGAUGCCAGGAAUGACUCCAGAGAAACAAGUCCAGAAGAAACGAAGCGCCUUUUUCAGUAAUAGUCCCUUCCGUCGCAAGAGUCGCCACGACAAAGAUCGUCCGUCGCAAUCUUACUCUCGUAGCCCGACUAAACCUGUCUAUAAGCAGCCAUCACCGGAACCUCCUCGUUCCACUAGUCCAGAGCCGGUGGAUCCUCGGGCUAGCUUUCAAUUGAAUAUUGGAAACAAUGUCUUCGAUGUGGCCUCACCGGACAAAAAACCAAGUCCAGCAUCGCAACCUCCAGAAGAUGAUCUUGAUCCGAUCGCUAGAGCACUCGCCGAACUUAAAGGCGUCGGUAAGCCGUCAGCAGGCCGAGUCUCAGCAGAUCGUUACCAUGGUCUGGCGACACCUGCUCCGUCUGCCACCAGUUCCACGUACGAAAGUGCAGGAAGUGCAGAUGCAUUACCUCCAUCCUACAAUGACCCACCAGCGAAGCGACUCGAUGCACCACAACCAGCCUUCACUUCGGCCCAAAUGCAAAAGACGACUCAGAAGUAUGUUGGUCAAACUCAGAGCAUGUUCAGAGCAUCCAAUAGUUCUCAAAGAACUGCUGCGAGUGUACAAGCCCCGGUGCAAGAUAUACCCCGUGCUCGAUCUCCUGCUCCACCGCUUGCUGGGUCACAAAAUCCUCAGAGAACUACUGCCAGGGCCCAUGUUCCGGUGCAAGAUAUAACCCGUGCUAGGUCUCCUGCCCCAACACUCAGGAGAAGCGCCAGCCCCCAGCCUGCACCUGCACCUGCUCCGGUAGAUGCACGCGUCAGUCAGUACAACGCUGGAAGUGGAUCUCAAGGAGGAAGUGCAAGCCGUGCUCCGACGACGUAUCAAUCUAGAACUUACAAUUUUCGCAGCACUCAGUCCCCAACGACCAACACUCGACCUGGUAGUGACCGUGGAUACUCACCACAGCAGUAUUCUCGACACGCAUCCCCUGUUGAAGCUGCCCGGCCAGUUUCACCGCGUCCUGCGUUCGCACAAGAGACUCGCCCAGCUAGUGCUAAUGGCAUGGAGCUCCAGCUCUCUGGCGGCCACGUAGAGUCUUACAGAGGCGGCUAUGACAGCUAUAGUGGAAGAGGACGAGACAAUACUGGCCGACCUCAAUCCAUGUACUACGGCAACAGCUCAGAUUCAGUUUCACGAUCCCGCAGUAAGAGCAUUACUGUCGCAGAUCCUGGUCGGCACAUCAGUCGUGAUGGUCGUCCAAUCUUGCAUUUCGCACGCGCUUUGUAUAGUUACAAUGCAGCAAUUCCUGAGGAGCUCGGUUUCUCUAAAGGAGACAUUCUUGCAGUUUUGCGCUUGCAAGAUGAUGGAUGGUGGGAAGCUGAAGUGACCGGAAGUCGGGGUCACCCUGGCUUGGUUCCCAGCAACUAUCUGCAAAGUAUCUAACGACUUCUGAUGACAAUGUAUAAACUGAUCAGCAGCACACGAGCAAACUUACUGGUUUGUGCACCUCCAUUCUUGAUUUAACUUGAACCGUUCUUACCUACCGUCUUCUUUUGAAUCAGUUGACGAUACAUGCAAUUUAUUUGGUUUCUAGCUUCCUAUGAAUGGGUUGCAGCUGGAUGUAACUUUAUGAGCGACUUCGUUUUGUCUUUUUUUUCCUCAUAUGCUUCUCGAUUCUGUUAUAUUCCUCUUUUGAUAUUCUUCUCUUUUCUUCCAUGCUUGCUUAUAUCGACAAGCAUGCUACCCUUUGUUUCAGCUCUCUUAAUCAUGUCUGAGUAAUUUCUGUUUGCUUCUAUUGAUAUUAUGCUCUCAUAGGGAGCAGUAUCGCUUCCUGUUUAUGCCUUU